GCCCCGCACGUGGCAUAAGUGUGACUCAAGAGAGGGGGUGAUGUCAUUGGAUAGCAUUAGGUGUGUGUAAAUCCAUAGUGUGUGUACUAGGCUCAGCUAGCUAGAGAGGCAGGCCAGAGAAUCACUGAGCACUUUCAGAUAUUUCAUGGGAUGCCAGCGUAGAAGACAGAUGUAAAAAAUCCUCAUGCACAGCCUACAAUUCCUGGAAAAACUGCAUGCACUUUGCAAGAGCUUGUGAAAUUGGAGAAAUUGUCACUGCUGCCAGCUUUUUCAAAGCUUUUGUAAAAUUGACCGGAUCAGAUGAUUAACUGGAUCCAUCAGCCAAUGAGAAGAGAGAUUUUGACGUUAAACAUUUACAGAGACAUCUGUGGUUGUGUUGUGUGCUCUGCAAAUGUUCUCUGCAGUCUGCAUGUAAUGGGAUGGUGAUGAGAUGAAUUCCAGCUGAAUUGAUGCCAGAGAAUGCUAGAGAUUGCAACGUUAGUUUGUGACUACUGCUGAUUCUUGCAACUUAGGAACUCAAUUUCGGGGAACUGAAUUUGUACAUUAGCUCUCAAGAUGGAGUGGUACAGGAUCAGAUCCAAGUCUUUGCAGACAUCGCUGCAGUUUCUCUCCUUAAUUGCAGUAGCUCUUUGUCAACCAGAUUUCAAAAUUGAACCUAUGGAGACCACGGCACUCGAGGGUGGCAAUGUGACCAUUUAUUGUGUGAUUAACAAUCUGCAGUCAAACCAUGAACUGCAAUGGUAUCGUGGAGGGAUCCUAAUCAGCCGAGAUGCGGGCAUGCUAAUUACGGAGACGCGCCUCCGUGUUGAGAUGGACCUGAAUCGUGGUGAGUACAAUCUCAUGAUAAACCAUGUGACUUUAGGGGACGAUACAACAUACAGCUGUCAGGUGAUCGACAAAAGCACUGACACGGAAGUAUUGGAGUCUGGUGCCGUCAGGCUGGUGGUGCACCAUGUCCCGCCCAGCAGGUACCCCAGCUGCUUCCCCUUGACCAAAGACAGCUACCAGGUGGGUGAGGAGAUCACCAUCACGUGCCAGUCGGAGCGCGGCAACCCGCCGGUCACUCUGAUGUGGACCCAUGCGGGAGAUCCUCUGCCCAUUCACACGGACGAUACGCAAAUCGGCUUCCGGAACAUCGAUUACACCUUCAGGGUCGGGCCCGAGAAUCACGGAAAUAUAUUCCAGUGCAAGCUGACCACCUCAGCCACAAACCUGGUCCGUCGAAGCUGCAGUCUUGGACCACUGGACGUGACCUUCCCGCCAACUUUCGCAGAGAUUGAAGGUUCAAAUUACGUCGCAGCUGACCAGGAAAUAGAGCUCACUUGCAACUCCGAGGCCAAUCCUCCUCCUUCCUACAUCUGGACCUUCAGCGAAAAAAUUGACCAAAACAGGAUCACUUACCAUGACGACAACAAGCGUAUAACCUUCACGGCAGCACUUGCUGAUAGCGGUCUGAUCAUCGGGUGUAACGCAACCAACGACCUCGGAACGGUACGGGAUGCAAUCACGCUCAGUGUCAACCAAGCGCUUACAAAUCCCAUCUACGGCACAACGCCAUCCAGGAAGAUGACACCAAAUGAUGGUUUGGACACAGGAGGAGCCCCAAGUAAACCUCAAACAGAUCCAAAUAACAUCAUUCUCAAGCCAGAGGUUCUGGCAAUCAUCGCAAGCACCCUUACACUCAUCCUUUUAGUCCUCAUUGUUCUGGUUGUAGUGACCUGCCGGUGCCGGCCACAGAACACCAAGACCGUCACCCAAAUGCCCCAGAUGAUCUACGGCCAGUACGGGCCCUCGUCUGUCCAGAACUGGGAGCAAGGCAGCAUCUACUUUGAGCCCAGAGACCGCAUCAGCGUCAGGGACAUGCCCACGUGGCAACGGCCAGCUCCCUGGCACCGGAACGUUGCAGUACAGGUGCCCUGGGUAGAGGAGCCACCUUACGAAGAAAUCGGACAAAACUGGGACGAGGGUAUGACGCUAGAGAUUUGAGGCAACUAUUUUCAGCCCAAAAAAAUGUAAAUAUGUAUAUAUUCAAAUUAAUUUUUGUAAAAGGAAAAUUCUGAAGAAAAGUACUCCUCGAUGACAUUAUUAAAAUCUCAUCCGAUCACUGUUAGAAAUUGACCAAAAGAUAACAUUACAAAAAACACAAGUAUCACAAAUUAAUAAAUGCAAGUUUAUUUUCAUUUCAACAUUUUUCAAUUUGUGGCAAUGCCAUCAUUGCACUUAUAUGUAAUUAUGCACUCAAAGUGUUACCCUAAGGGGUAAACCUAAAUAUGUCCUACCCUUCUGAUGCAACUUUAAUCUUUGUGCCUUCUUAAGUUUUUAGACAGGAUGUCCGAAAAGAAGAUGUUCUUAUCUUUGUCAGUUCUUAAUACUUAAGUGAUAGCAUUAUAUACAAUGGUCUUUUUUUCCACCAUGAUUUGGUAAAAUUCUCUCCUUCAAUUUGUGAAAUUUUUCACUGGACUGGUUAAACAUAUUGUUAAAAUAGAAACCUGUUUGACCAUCGUCUUUUAGCACAAUCAACUUUCAAACUGAAAAGGAAAUGGGCAGUCCAUGCUUGGUCAGAAUUUACACUGCGAACUUGAAAAAGUAGGCUAACCACUUGUCAACUUCCAAAUGUCACCAUUCAAUUAUCCAACUUUUUUUUUUACUUUCUGAAAAGAUUGGACAUAAUCUGGUUAAAUUUUCACUGGGAAACUUUGCCAACACCACAUUGGAAAACUUGGGUGUCCAUCAUUAUGUAUUGGCAAAACAUGGACUUUUUUCUUUGGACAUCCUGGGUUUUUUUGGGGUACUUUUACUGUGCAAUACUGCGAUACCAAGUACUACACAAAAAGGUGUGAACCAAGUGAUUUUUGUCUGAUACAUGUAAGUUGUGUGUUUGCAGAUUGUCUAGCUGUAAGUCUGCAAAAUUUAUGUAAUGCUAACACGUCGAUUUUUCUAAUACAAUGUAUAAUGGAAAUUGUUUACUUUGCAUUGGGCUAACAUUGCCAAAGUUGAUGGUAUAUAAUCUGUGUAAGUUUGUAACUGUAUACUUCACUGAAAAAAACAACGUAAAGUCAUUCCAAAAUUUGCUCUUUAAAGGACAAAUAAUAGUAGUUUAGUAUAAAGGAAUACAUUUCUUUCUGUUUUUCCAAAGAAAAUGCCUCCUUAUUAACUCUUUAAUUUGCGCAUUGCAAUAUCAAUCGAAUGUAUUUUUUUCAAAAAUAAAUUAUACAUAUUUUUCAAUUUAAAACAAAACCUCCAUAUAGGCCUAUUUGAACAAAACUAUUUAUUUUGGGCUCGGUAAAUGUACUAUGUAGCACUCCCUACCAUGAAAAAUUCACACCUACAUGUACAUUUAAAAUGUAUGGGGUAAUCCUGUUUUGAAAUAUUGAAACAAUUAUAGAAUUCUAACUGGAUGAGCUCAUCACUCCGAUUCUAAAUUAAAAUGUAUUUGUUCCCCUCGCAAACACUCACGCGGAGGUUCGCAGCUUUAAUGUAACCGAGCCAAUUAUGCUGGUAGGCCCAAUCAAUAUAGGCUAUGCAGAGCCUGUCAACAGAGGUGAUGGAAACUGAUGUUAAUUUUUAACCCCCUGUGUUUGACUAAAGGUCUCUUUGUGUGGGACGUCAUUAGAAAAAAACUAGCAUAAUUUGCUGAAUGCAAAAGCACAUUGUAAAUGGGAUGCACAUUGUAAAUGUGAUGGCUUUUAUAUUGGAAAGAAGCGAUAUUGUGCCAGCGCAGUGAAGUAUUUUGUGUAAAUGCCAUAUUCAGAAGUUAAUUUUUAUCUAACAUCGCACUCGGAUGAAAAUUUGAGGUUGAGAAAAAAAAAUAGAAUUGAAGAUACAUUUGUUUUGUAAAACGAUGGGUUUUUGCCUUCAUUUUGUAUUUGUUUUUAAAUUGUACUCAGAUUUUGACUAAUAUGGAAUUCCAAACCAGUUCUAACAGAUAAGGGCCUCAUAUCAAUAUUUUGAAAUAAAAAUCUCAUGACACUUGAUAAACAAAAUGUUUAAAAGAAGAUAUUGUCAGCACAGUGAACAUUUUUGUGUAAAUGCCAUUCAGAAGUCUAUUUAUACCUGACACCCCACUCGGAUGAAAAUUUGAGGUUGAGAAAGAAAAUAGAAUAGAACUUGAGAUACAUUUGUUUUGUAAAA